AUGGAGGUGGAGGAGUUGUUUACGGUUUCUGUUGAUGAUGAUGAUAUUGUUGUGCCUGAGAGUCCCAUUUCAGAAGUUGAGGAGGUGAAUUUUGGGACUGAUUCUGAGCCAAAUUGCAUUAAGAACACAAGCAGUGAAGUUACAGAUGAGUGUGUGGAUAUUGUGCCGGAUUCUGAUGAUGAAGGAAUGCAUGGAACUGAAAAAGUUGGAAUUCUGGAUGAGAUGUGGCCUGGUAAAGGUGAAAGAAGAGGUGGAAGGUGUGUAGGCAAGAGAAGAUAUGCUCCUGGCAAGCAUUCAUAUGAGGGAUAUCUAAGGAGGCUGAGGCAUCCUUUACGGCGUCUGGAUUCUGGUGGAAACAGUCUGGGAAUUGAUAAAAGUUGUGCCAGCACUAGUCGUUUAAUGUGUUAUAUCGAUGCAGACAACGGGGUAUGUUCUGAACAAGAUCAAUCGAUUAAUGUGAGCUUAAAUGUUGACAAGAACUCACAGAAUAGGUCUUGUGAUGAAAAGGUGACUGGUUUGGGUGAAAUCAGUGAGAACAUUGGGGAAGAUACUUCAACCAGAGAUUCACUUACUGAGAAAAAUGUUUCAUCACAUAAGUGUGAGGAACUUAACCUCUGUCAUUCUGAUCUUCACAAGUUUAAGUGCAUUGGAUCUCAAGAACCUGGACACUCUUCAGAAGCUGAUGCUCUGAAUUUUGUGGAUCUUUAUCUAUCAAGUGGUGAUGCAAAUGCAUUUCAUCAUGUUGAAACUGGAGUGCUUGAUAGGUCAACAUCAUCUAACAUUUUGCACCCAAAUGGACCUCAAAAUUUGGCAAGGAUAAAGAGCCGCACAAGCAUAGCUAAGACGCUAGAAGUCUUUGACUGGUCUGAAAAUUUAAGUGAUGAAGAAGAAAAUUGUUUUGUGGUGAACAGAAUGAAAUUGAAAAUGGGGUGCGAAGGCAAUGAACCGGGGAAUAUCAGUAAGCAUCAGAGUGUUGAAAGCCUAGACAUUAAGAAGGAGAAAGCAUUGGGUAACUUUUGCCCAUUGAACACUGUAAAAGGAAGGUUAAAUUCAAAUAAAAUUGAGCCAAAGUUUCAGGUGGAGGAUGAGAUUGGCAAGGGAGCAUCCAGUUUUGAAAAAGCUAUGGAUACUAAUUUUGUGAAUGAGUUGGAUAAAGAGGUUAUUGUAAAUUCACCUCAGAAACUUUUGGAAGAUGAACAAAGUAAAUUGGAUGCAGUAUGCACAUAUGAUGUUGGCUUUGACACUCAGGUUGCUGCUGAGGCUAUGGAAGCCUUGUUUUAUGCUGCUCCUCUCAAUUUGGAUCCUUUUUUGUAUCAUUAG